UCGGCAAACGCCAUUGUUCAUUAUCUAUGGAUGUGCAUUUGUGCUAUCGGAAACUCCGUUGUUUGUAAUCACUUUUCGUUCCAAAACAAUAAAGCCGCGUUAAAUUUAAUAAUAUAAUAUAUUCAUAUUGUAAUUGAUAACUUUUUGAUAAUUCUUCAAAAUGUUACAAAAGUAUUUUUGUUUUCGCCUGGAGACGGCUGCUAUGAUCAUUGGUUGGUUUGAAACAAUUGGUUCAAUCUUAUCAGUUUUAAUAUUUGGCUUCUGCUUGGGUUAUGUGGAUGAUAUUGUCAAGCAAAUUAUAAACCAAGCGCAAGACAGUGACCAGCUAAAUCCUGAUGAAGUUCAUAAAGUUCUCGUUAUUGGAUUUGUCUUCUUUAUCAUAUUGAGUGCAAUAAAUCUAUUUGCAUCCAUUGGCUUAUUAUUGGGCACCAUCAAGGAACGACAUCUCUUGAUACUGCCUUGGUUGUUUAAUUCACUUUUCUCCCUUUUAUUCUGCUUUAUUUACUACUUUAUAUUAAUUGACUACAUUAUUUCUGUGCAAAUUCCGUUUUCAUCUGGUUUUGGAUCGAUUCUAUCAAUUUCCCUCAGUUUGGCUCUAAAACUUUACACUUGGUUGGCGAUGUAUUCACUUUUCAAAAAUAUUCGCAAUAACCGCGAACAACGAGAACAAUUGCUUCGUCCAACAGGCGGCUUAUAUCCAUCGUAUACCAAUAUGUAAUAUGAAUAUUAAAUACACUUAUGUGUAACAUCAUAUAUACUGGCGAAGAAAAUCUACUUAUUUACAUACAUAUAUCCGAAGUGUGCUAAAUUGGUUAAUGUAACCAACAUUCAAAAGUAUUAUACUGGUUAUAUUUAAGAGAGAGUAAUUUAAAAUUUACGAACACAGAAAUCUAUAUAAAUGUAUUCAUUCGAAAACGAAAUAAAAUACAAUUAUACGUAAUAACAUGUAAAA